GUUUUUCUUACAAGGAGCUGUAAGCCGGCUUAAACAAGUUACAAAAGUGGCUCUGUUUUCCCUGGCUUUCCAUGUCUGAACAUCUAAAAUAGUUUCAGCAGCUGCAAUACGAGGUAUUUAUCAUGAUGCAAAUCCGAAGACUGUCCUUUGCUUAUCAAAACCUAAAAGAAGUGCCUUUUAUCAAAAUAUAUCAACACGCAGGCAGCCUUGAAGAGCUUGAUCUCAGCUACAACUGUCUGUACGAAAACCUCUCACAACUGGGGGAUCUCUGGAAACUAACCACGUUGAUUUUGGAUGGAAACAAUUUCUCCUCUCACGUGAAGUUUCCCUACAUGCCGAAUGUCACCACCUUAUGGAUAAACAAAAACAGAAUUACCAACCUGGCUAUAUUCAUUGCAGAAAUAGCUAGAAACUUCCCACAAAUCAGGAUUCUAAGUAUGAUGAACAACGAGGCUGCACCAAGUUAUUUUAACGGAGGGAGUUUACCAGAAUACAUUGAUUAUAGGCACUAUGUGAUCAGUCAAAUACCAAGGCUGAAAGUGUUGGAUGACACAGAAGUGGUGCUUGAGGAGAGAAUGGAAGCACAAAGAGUCUAUCCACCAAAACACUCAAAAAUCAGAUCAAGAGGCAAAGGACAUAAGUUAAAAAUUUCUCAAGUUUGAUAUAAAAUUCAUAGUGUAAUCUUGUUCUGAUGGCAUUGACCAUAUUUCACAGGUCAGACAUAACAUAACUAGCUACAGUCAGCAUGGUAUCAAAUGAAGAAUACUUGUUAAAAUCGUUGUGUGUCUUUAUGCAGUUAGUUCCAUUGACGAGUAUGUUUCAGAUAUUUAAAUAAAUGUAAGUAUCAAAGUCGUUAUAUGAAGCAGUGUGAAAUCCCAAAACGCUGAUCUCAGAAAAAUCCAACGUUUGCUGAAUAUAGGAAGCAAAAAUAAGAGACACGUGGACAGGAUAGAAAGAGGAAGCUAAAAAAACUAGGAGUGUUAACUAACUCAUCACUUACCAUGUUCAAGCAGUGUAAAGCAGCCAGCUAUACAAUGCUCUGGGGUAUUGAGAGUAAUUCAGGUCUCAGAGACACAAGGUGGCUGCUCAGCCUUAGACAGGAGUGCACAGAAGUGUAACAGGAUAUCCCCGGGGUUAGCAGGAUGAGCUAUCAAAAACAAUAGGCUCUCAAUGGAGAUACGUAUAAAAUGCUAAAUGGGAUUGCGUAAGUAAACCCAGAGCAAUAUUUUCAGACAGGCGGCAACAAAACAAAAGUCACAGGUUCAGGGUGGUCAAAGGCAAUUGCAGGAUAGACACCAGGAAAUAACAACAACAAAAUUACAUUUGUGUAGCGCC